GAAGAAGCAGCAUUCAACACGCGGUUUUAUUUAACUGCAGUUUUAUUGAACUAUUAAUUAGCUUAAAAAUCUAAAUAUGGUUCAAAAUAAACAGAAGACCGCAAAGCCGCCAAAGCUAUUAAAGGGCGCGGCCAAGGAGGCUGCCGUUUCCAAAGGGGAAAGCUGGCAAAAGGUGAAGAUCAAGGGCCACGUGAUUUCCGAUGAUUGCGGUGGCUACGAGGGAUUAAUUGGUCUGGAGGUCCUCAAGGAUUACGAUGCUGCUCUGGUGAAGUCCUCGCAGAAGAGGGUCAGUUCCCGGAAUCCAGACAGGGAGCGCAAGCCUAAGAAGAAAAAGAGGAAGGCUUCCAAGGGCGGCGAGGAAGACUCCAGCGAGAGUUCCAGUGAAUCUGAAAGCGAGGAUGAAGUGGUGGCCGCUGCCAAGUCCAAGAAAGCCCGUCUGGCCGAGCGUCAUGUACAAAAAAUGCAGAAACUGCGAGAGAAACGGGAAAGGCGUAAGGAACUGCGCAAGCAAAAGAAGUCAAAGGGCAAGGAUAAGGACAACAGCGAGGACUCCAAUGAUGAGUACGACGCAGAUCGCUUUGCCCUGCUCAGGCCACCACCAUCGGACGAUGAGGAAGAAGUGCCCCAGGCAGAGGAAUCGGCAGACCAGCAGGAAUCCAGCGAUGAAGAAGCCCCAGACCUAGUGCCAAUCCCCACAGGCGAAGCGGCUGAUGUGUCCGCCUGGAACGGACUGGGAGUUCCCGCUCCCAUUCUGCGUGCCCUCGGCGAGCAAGGAUUUUCUGCACCCACUCAAAUCCAGGCCCUGACCCUACCGGCAGCCAUCCACGGCAAAAAGGAUAUCCUUGGAGCAGCGGAGACGGGUAGCGGAAAGACCCUGGCCUUUGGCAUACCAAUGCUAGCCGGAAUCAUGGAGCUGAAGCAAAGAAAUAUACGUUCUGGCAUUCGGAAGGCGCCCAAGGUGAAGGGACAGCAGCCCGAGCCAGCGGCGGAUGAUCACGAGCUGACGCCCCCUCCAGAGGAAUUGGACCAUGUUUCUGGAGCCAGUGACGAAGAGAGCGAUGCGGAGGAGCAAGCCAAGCGCAUUCAAGGCCCCUUGUACGGUCUGGUGCUCACUCCCACUCGGGAGUUAGCUGUGCAGGUCAAGAAUCACCUGGUGGCGGCUGCCAAGUACACAGGCAUUCGAGUGGCAGCCAUAUUCGGGGGUCUAGCCGUCGCGAAACAGGAGCGAGUACUUCGACAGUGUCCGGAGAUCGUGGUGGCCACACCUGGUCGCCUCUGGGAGCUUUACGCCCAGGGCAAUAAUCAUUUGGGCAAGAUCGAAGAUGUUAGCUUCCUGGUUAUCGACGAAACGGAUCGCAUGGUGGAGAAGGGUCACUUCGAAGAGCUCCGGAGUCUGCUCAAAGUUCUCAAUUCCGAUGAGCAGAAGAAGCAUCAGCGGCAGAACUUUGUUUACUCGGCCACGCUGACGUUGGUUCAUGAUCUUCCUGACCACAUGCAAAAGCGCAAUGUCGGCAAGCGACCCAAGUUUGUAAAGCAAACGGUGGAUCAGAAGAUUGAAAGCCUUAUCGAAGAGUUGGGCAUCUCUCAACCCAAGAUUGUGGACAUAACCAGCUCACAGCAAACCGCCCAAACAUUGACCGAGAGCCGUUUACUGUGCCCCAUCGAUCAUAAGGACUUCUAUCUUUACUACUUUAUUCAGCGCCAUCCAGGGCGCACCAUUGUCUUCUGCAAUUCCAUCGACUGUGUGAAACGACUGGCCACGCUCUUUGGCCUACUGGACUGCAAUCCUCUGCCCCUCCAUGCCAACAUGAUCCAGAAGCAGCGUCUGAAGAACCUGGAACGCUUCCGCGACAGUCCCAUGGGCCUGCUGAUAGCCACUGAUGUGGCUGCCCGAGGCCUGGACAUACCGAAUGUGGAGCACGUGAUCCACUACCAAGUGCCGCGCACCAGCGAGAACUACGUCCACAGAUCGGGACGCACAGCCCGAGCCAAUAAGCACGGCAUAACCGUCAUGUUUAUGGAACCUGGCGAGGUCAAAAGCUAUGUAAAGCUGUACAAAACAUUAGAAAGAACUGAGGAUCUGCCACUCUUUCCCAUCUCUGAGCGUUUUCUGGGUGCUGUCAGGGAGCGCGUCAAUCUUGCGAGGGAUCUGGACAAGGAAGAACUAAAGCUAAAGCGCGUUCAGAGCGAGCGCGGCUGGAUGAAGAAGCACGCUGAGGAGAUGGACAUGAUUAUCGAUGGCUACAACGACGAAUCUGGCAGCGACCAGGAUGAAGAUCCCUUUGUGAUAGAGCGUCGUCGGAAUCGCCUGCGAGUGGAGACAGUCAGAGCCCAGCUCCAUGCUCUUCUGGCCCAGCCCAUCUUCCCCAGGGGCUUUAGCUUCAAGUAUCCCAACAGCGAGGCAGCCCAGUUGGCCACGAGUCACACCCAAAGUGCCGUGGAGACCAUGAAGGCGGCCAUCGAAGACCAGAAGCAGGCCAAAAAGGAUCGUAACAAACGCAAGAGGAAUGCCUAGGACAAACUAACAACUAUUUGUAUUGAAUAAAGUGUACAAAAAUUUAA